AAGAAUAUAUUGCAAUUACACUAAACCUAUUAAUAGUGUGUAAUGUAUUGGACCUUUCAAUAACAUGAUUUUUUUUUACAGAAUGAAAGAAUACCACACCAUAUGAUAUUCAGCACAGGAAACCAAACAAAUAUAAUCUCCCUAAUUAGGCGUUGAUUUAUGUACCAACGCUGGUGUCAUAACUCCGCUCACACGAUAUACCUGUCGCGCUAACAGUGCGUUUAUUGCCAAAAACAUAUUCUUAUAUUUCAUGUAAAAGCAAAGGGUAGGACAAAUCAGCUGGGGUGGUGUCAGCCCUAAACACUAGCCGCUGCCUAACUCCACUACGCCUCAAGCUCUCCUGUUACGGCUAUCAACAAAGGCGCCAGCAGCCACGGCCGUGGAGGGGCAUAUAGAGGAACCGGAAGUGAUGUGAGGAAAAGAAAAGCGAAUGGCUAGUUUGCUGCGGGGAAAGGACGGGUUGUAGGUGGGUAUUGUAUACCUGAAGAAAGGCUGAGCUGUGUCGCAUCAAGCAGAGCUCUUCUUAGCUGAUUCAAAGGAUUUUGGUGAUAAACACAAUGAGCCUUGGUAAUGUGGAAAUGAGCCACAUCAAGGUCAAGAUGGAUAACGGUUACCUUGGUAAAUCUGUGGAGAUACCGAAGAAGAGAGGUAGAGGAAGGCCUUUGGGGAGCACAAAAAAAACGAAAGUGGUAUCAGCUAAUGGUAUUCUGAGGCACAGAAGAGGAAUAAAGCGUUUGGCAGAGGUGGCUGCACACAUAAAACUAAUAAAAAAUAAAAGUAGUAAAUCAAGGGGUCAAGGAUUUACAGAGGGUAAAGACAAUUCUGCCUCAUCCUCAAUCUAUGUUGGUCGAUCCCAAGUAAAAGCGGUGUCUUCCCAAAUGCCUUCUGUGCCAAAAAGAGCACGAGGAAGACCUCGAAAAACCAAACUGCCACUGAUAACUAAAAAAGUUACAAAUAUAGAAGUAGAGCCUGGAAUUGAGAACAAAGACAAUUCUGCAUUAUCCACAAUCUUGUCAGAGUGUUCUCUGCCAAAAAGAGGAAGACUUCAAAACACAGAACUGAUGAAUAAAAAAGUGAAAUUAGUGAAUGGAGUAGAGCCUGGAACAGAGCAAAAAAAAGGGCGAGGGAGACCAAGGAAGAUAAAGCAGACAAGAAAACCUAAGCCAAUCCAAGCCACUGUUCAGGAGUCCCAGGACAUUCGGCCAGCCAGCAUUUCCCCUCAGGAUAAUUGUUCAGUGGAGGUGGAAAAGGUUAAAGCUUCCAGUACACAGAAUUCUCAGUAUGCUAGCUGUGAGUCACAUAAUUCCAGCUGGCCUUCUAAAAUCAUUAACACAUCUGAUGACACUGCAGUGACACACUGGGUUGUGGAGGAACCCCCUGAAUCAAGUCCUUCCCAGCCUUUAUAUCCAACUGAAGAACGAUUAAUGGAACAAAAUGAGUUUAGGGACAAUAUUAUUCAGGGUCUGGCUGAUUUAAAGUACCAACUGACAAGAGAGUUGGCAGCAGCAAGAACUGAGAUGCGCGAAGGGGCAGAGAUGGUUAGGGCAGCCAUUGCAGGGGUGUCUGCUGAAAUCCAUACACUUGGCUUAAUUUUGCAGCCUCUAGUUACAAUGAUAUCUUCUAGAAAUGAAAUUUGUGCAUCACCAGCUUUGAGCUCUUAUAGACCCCAAAGGGACACACCCUCUGAGAAUUCUUUAGAGUUUCCCAAACAAGAAAUACAAACAUCAUGCACUAUGAUUAACUGCCACAAUGAACCUUCAUGUCACCUACAAAUGAACAUGCCUACCUCCACAUCCUUGCAGCCUCAGCAGGACACUCACCGUGACCUAUCUACAGGCCAGUUUUAAAGGGAUUCAUCUCAUGUUUGCUCUAUGGAAAGGUCUAAACAAAAUAUGUCUUCUGUUGUGUCUGUUGGAAGAUGUCUGCAUGAUACAGAUUGUACUACGAGAUCACAGGCCAACAACAUUGUUACUCAGACUCAGGAUAUUUCAAUUAAGCUAGUCUCUCCUGGCAGCAUUACAGUAACCAAGUCUUUGCCCAAAAUAUUGCCUGUACAUAAAGACAAUCAAGUGAUUUUCAGAAUACUGAGAAGACCUCAUAUGAGGCUAGUUUAAGGGAAGAAUUUUCAUCUGUGCUGCCACAAUGCUGCAUAGAAGUAUCACAAUCCCUUCCUGUGUCACCUUGUCCAGCUACAGCUUUUCUGCAGACAGAAAAGGGCUGUGCCUUAAAUUCACAAAACCCUGACUGUUGAUUUCUACUAUUUGCCCAUUUUUUGUGACGUUUACAGCAGGAUUAUCCAGUGUCUAUUCUUGGGCAGUUCCUAAUUCAAGCUGCUUUUAAACCAAUAUAACCAUUGGUGUGUCCCAAGUUCAGGAUAUAUGUUAGCACAUGUAUCUUUGCCAGAUACAGUUCUGUUGCCCAUUGGAAUGUCAAAAUCCUUGCCCAAAUUGUUACUGGUUACAGCAAUAAUUUAGAAGAAUUCAAAUAUGUAAGACACAUUAGGGAGCUGAUUUACUAAAAUUAAUUUUUUUCUGGCCUUCAAAGUCAUAUAAACUGGACAUGGUAAAAAUUCGAAUUAAACUUGAUGAUUGUUGUAUUUAUAAAAUGUCACAAUAAUGCUGUUAUUGGUCAUACAAAAAUUUUGAGUUUAAGUUUUGAAAAUCACAAAUUUUUCUAUCCAAAAGUAUUGUUAAAACUCGAAAAAAUUCAAUAUACUGUUUCAAAAAUUAGAGUUUAAACGGACGUUCAUUUCCAUGAAUCCUCUUUAUUUUUCCAGAACAGGAAUUGCUCCAGCGGCCAUUUUAGGAGCAUCAGUUGUUAAUUCUUGGAAAACAAUAAUGAGCUGUGUAAAAUAGAAAACAAUGAUGGGAUUAACUUUUCCUUUAAAAUGUGUGAAAUAGAAAACAAUGACGGGGUUAACUUCCCCUUGAAAAUGUGUGAAGGACAGGCUGUCACUGAUUAUUCUAUUCCUCUGGUAUUCUAAGACUACAUAGGACUCAGUGGUACUCAACAGACCUGCCAAAAAAAGUUAAUUAAAUGUUAAUAAAUUACAAGUUGUGGGAGCAUGCAGCAGCAGCCCCAGAAAUACCCCUGGUUGAGGGCUUUAAUUUGGACUUAUAGUUAAGAGCAGGACUUAGUGAAAUACAUUUGCACCAGUGCACAGUAUAUGUGUAACAAAACUUCUUGCCAGAACCAUAUUGAGAAACAAAACUGCUACCUUCAAUUAGUUAGCAACAGGAAUGGGGCCCUGAAUGCUAAAUAUUUCAAUUGAUUUUUGUCUACUGUAUGGCAUAUGCACCUAUUUUGCAAUAUAAUUCUAUUAGAAAUUAAUUGUACAGGUUCCAAUCUGCACUCCCCAGCGACUUUUUCCUGCUUGUCCCUGCCAGUGAUAAUGCCAGUGAUAAUGUUAAUACAGGCAUGUAUGUUUUGUGGACAAGCUUUAAUUAACACUAUCAGUGGUGGGGGACAAGCAGGAAAGAGACACGGCUGGUGGCUGUCUGGGGGUCACACAUACAGAAAAUUGAUAUCUCAGAGUAGUAUUAGCAAAAGGUUCAGUUUUGGAGUCUCAACAAUCAGAAAAGUAGUGGAUCACUGUAAGUUUCCCUACUUAGCUGUUAAAGGUCAGUUUUCUAGUACUUCAAAGCAACAGGUGCAUGCUGGGUAUUCUAAAUUGAAAAUGUGGCGGUACCCAGGAGGAGGAGAGAAAACAACUCCCCCAAAUUAAUAAAAUUCUUUAUUUCAUAUUUCUGCAGAGAUAUUUUUAUAUAUCGGCUGGUGGAGUGUUUGUGGGGGGAAAAAAGUGGAUGCUCACAUUGCCACUUCUGCUAUGAGUGGCUGUGAUAAACUUUCCUCGGGUGGUAGUGUUCGUCAAGUUACUAGGCGUAAUAAGCCACCUCUGGUAAGAGCUGGAAUUCUGGUCCUCUAGUGCAGAGAGCACAAUUGCCAUACCUAUUCAUUAGCAGUGUGGGGCCACUCAGCCCACUCCAAUGCAAAAAAAAGUUAGCAUGGAAGGGUGAGGGGAUGGUAUCAGAGUCCUUCAAAGCACCCCUGAAUGCAUACAAGUAUGAGAAAGCAUUGGCAUUUGAUUAAGGGGUUGUCCAUCACUGAUCGCUGUAUAUCUGUAAAUGCCAAAGUAUACAGUCAAGGAUAAUCUAAGAUAAAAUACAGGGUAUUAUACAGCAUAUUGUUGCAACAACAAUAUAACCUCAACACCUAAGAGGCUCUUUACAUGAUUUGCCUAUUAUCUGGCUUUGCCAAAUUGGUAUAAUCUCAUCAUCUGGCACCCUGGGUCAAAAAUCAUACCAUAACAGGGGCCUAUGGAGAACCAUUGUAAGAGGACCACAUCACCCAAUUGGAGUUUUUUUAAACUGCCUGAAUGAUAUGUAGCCAAAAAUUGGUUGGAUGGGCCAUGGGGAUGGUACCAUUGUUAGGAUUGUAGGGUGAGUUGUUGGCUGGCUGGUGAGGAAUGAGUUAAUAUGCACUGGCCACGCAUCCUAUCAGCAUCAGGCAUAGGUUACUUAAACCCCUUGCAUGCACUCCUUUGCCUCAUCGCUUGCACAGCUAGUACCUUUGCAAACCUUCAGCUGCACCUGGGAGCCGAAAUGUGAGUUGUUACAAUAGUUCAGUAGUCAGCCUAGCAGCUAUUGUGUUGACAAUGAGUUAUAGACUGGUUACUUUGUUUUGGGUCUCAAGCCAGGGGGUUUCAGAAACAGUGUACCUUUUGCCUUAUAACAUAUUGAACUGGCCAUAAAAUAGAGCCAGCUGAGACCAGUCAAGCUAUUGUGGAUUUGUCUGAACAAUUUGCAUCAAUGUGGGGUUGGCAGCUUCUGUAAGGCUUCUUUAGCCUUUAAUUUGUCAUAAUCCAGUUAAUUCUGUUCUUAUUUGCUUCUAGCAAUAUUGCUAAUUUCUGUAAUAAAUUGAUUACAUUUCUGCAAUAGAACUAAAUGUAGCACAUUUCUUAACUUAAAUUGUGUCUACUUCAGCUUGUGCAUUUCAAACACCUACAUUUAAACAUCUUGAGAUUUAAGUGUUGUUUUGGAGUGAUCAUUAUGUUAAGUCUUAUUGACAUGAAUAUUUGGAACAAGUCUACCAUAUGUUGUUAUAGUGGCCUGGUUUACAGAACUGUUUCAAUAGUUUAGCAGGUGAAUAGAAUUAAGCAUUCUUAUGGAUGGGAAUAUUGCUUAGCUUCUAGCAAGAUCAUUUCUACAGCUCUUGUAUAAACCCAUAUGUUAUCCCAUAUGUCUAAAGCAAGGCAUCUGUUUAGCUACUGUAUACACUUAUUCUGCCAUGAGUGGAAAAGUUAAGGAUGAGGAUGUACAAGAUGGCAGAAGAACUCAUGUCCGCUUUGUUUUGAGUCAAAACCAACAGUGCAGAAAGGGGCAGACAAAACUGCUUUCAGUGGCAACUUCAUUUACAAAUAACUUAACAGACUGUUUAUAUGGGAUAUCAUUUCUAAAUAAACUUUUGCACUUUUUCCACAAA